AUGGCGUUGUGCGUAGCGGUAGUUAGCAAAGAGAAUGCUCCAAAAUAUGUAACUUCAUUAAACCCUGAAGACGAACUACAAAUUCAAUAUGAAAUACAUUCAUCAAUUGACUUUGUGGAAGAAAAGUUGAAAACUGGUAAAAAGGACAUGCGAGAUCUGUACUUAGGACUAUUGUACUCUACAGAAGAUCAUAAAGUAUAUGGAUAUGUAACAAAUACUAAAGUAAAAUUUUUUGUUGUGAUAGAUUCUAGCAACUUGUUACUAAGAGAUAAUGAAAUACGUUUUAUGUUCCGAAAAUUGCAUACAGCUUAUACCGAUCUAAUGUGUAAUCCGUUUUAUAUACCUGGAGAUUAUAUUACAUCUGAGAAUUUCAACAAAGUUGCUAGAGGUAUCUUAACUGGAAAUUCAUAA